GUCACUUCCUGUGCUGAGUGAUCUCUAUGGUGACUGACUGACUGCUGAGAGGAGACUAGUGCGGUUUGCAGUAGUUUGUUUAGUUAUUUAGUUAGUGAGAGAUUACUCAUCAUGGCCAAAAGUGAUGGUUACUCGUAUUUCAGGAGAUCCAGUCUGUUCUGGAUGGUGACCGUGACGAUUUCUUUGAGUUUUUACACGUGGACGGUGUUUUGGCCUCAGGACGUCCCGUAUGGCAGUCUGGGUCCUCUCGGUGCUCUGGCCAAGCAUUUGGUGGACAAUCAUUAUCCAGUGCUGUAUUACGGAUGGUUUCUGACGUGGGCCAUCCAUUUGUUUGAGGCUCUUUUUGCACUGAAGAUCUGCAGUGAUAAAGGCAUCGACAGCACGUCCACACGUUUGCUGUGGUUCGCUCAGACGUUCCUGUUUGGUUUCGCGUCUCUGGGUCUUCUGCUCAAAUACAAGCCCGACGGCCGCUCCAAACGCCAGUGACAGAAACCACAGUCGGACUCCGGAGCUCAUUUCCCAGCAGGACACUGAUCUUUAUAUUCCAGAGGAUAUAUCAAGCAGCAGGUUAUAUUUGAACAGUCACAUCCACCUCACUGAUUCUAGAACAGCCUAACGCUGAAGGCUAAAUGUCACAUCCGAGGCCUUGUUUACAUGAUCUUAAGCUCUGUCAGCAGCAUUAGUGACAUAAUGCCUGUCACCACAGAAAAUCACUUCAACUCACACCUCAGUGCAGGUACAGUCAGACACGCACAGUGCAAAAUACAAACUGUUAUACAUGAAGUAGACUGAAGAGAGCCCUCUAUAUAAGCUAUAAUAUUUAUUCUGGCACACUGAACUUAUUUUCAUUCUGUUUUUACACAGAACACUUUACCCAUGAUUUACUGGUGAUGUUAUUCCCAGUUCGAAUUUGCCUGUAUUUUUAAAAAGGUCCUGCUCACACAUGAUCUCUUAACGGUAAUUUACCAGUAAAUGCUACAUGUGUGAAUAGGGCUUAUGAAUAUGUGUACCGCACACGCUCACCAGAAAAGCAAAGCCCACUCAAAUGCAGACAGGACAUUUCUAUGUAGUCUACUUGUCCCUGUUUGCACCUCACUACUGUGCUGUGACAUUGUGUAGUACAGCUGUAUUGUACAACGCUGGUAAAAUGACACCACCCUCUUGUGACGCUAUGAUGUGCUCACAUACUCUGAUAAUAAGAGCUUUGUAGGACAUUUCAUUAUUUGGAUAAUUAAAAAAUAGUUAAAUCUGAUUCUGUUGCAUAUAAAUAAAUAAAAUUAUAGAUUGAUAUUUAAUAUUAAUAUAUUUUAUGUCCAGUUGUAUUGUUUUACUUUCAAUAAAAGAGUGGUUGUAUUAUCAUUAAAAUUAUUGAGUUAUUGAUCCUUACAAAAUUAUUUUAUAUUAUUUAAUAAAAUAAUAAGUAAUUAUUAAAAAGCAUGUACAGUUUCCGUUUUUCGGCCGAAUGCAUCUAGAGUUUCCAGUUUUGGUUUUUAGAAUUUUUUUAUGCCGUGGUUACCAGUGUUGGGGGUAACGCAUUACAAGUAAUGCCAGUUACGUAAUAAGAUUACUUUUUUCAAGUAACUAGUAAAGUAAUGCAUUACUUUUUAAUUUAAUAAAGAAAAUCUAAUAGAUCUGAUAAAUUUUAAUAUAAUAAAGAAAACAUCUGAGUUACUUUUUCAAAUAAGUUUAUGUUUUCCUAUUUAUUGACUGACAGCUCUCCUGUUUCCAUGUCAAGUGAAAUCAUAAGAGGAAUCAUAAGAAAUCAUACAGAGGUGUUGUGCACUGUGUAAACAUGAUGUUAGUGUGGUUCUAGAGUGACUGUGAACAUGCAUUAAUUCAUCUCACUCACAAAAAAACCUGAUUCAGUAUUCAUCAAAAUGAAUUAAAACAGUGAAAUGCAAAAUCAGAAUGAGGCAAACCUGCAGUAAUUAAAUAUGUUAAAUAACACAGAUGUAUUUAAUCUCAUUUUAUUAACCAGUGUCUUUGCUGCUGACCUUUAAAGAUCCAGUUCAACCAUAUUAAUAAGCAAAAAUGACUUUAACUAACAUGUGUGCUUCAUUGUUUUUUGUUUAUUGCUAAAGAUUGUUGAACCGUCUUCUCCUGCGUUCUACUGUACAGGUGUGAUUUUACUUCAAGCUGAUUUAUUUUGCUUUUCAGCAUGAAAGGGCUUUUACAGUUGCUAAAAUAAAACUUUUUAUAUUAAAAACAAACAAGCAAGCCCACCCAGAUUUAAAAUGUAACGCAAAAGUAAAGCAAAAGUAACAACACAUUACUUUCUAUAAAAAAGUAACGAAAUAAUGUAAUUAGUUACUUUUCUAGGGAGUAAUGCAAAAUUGUAAUGCAUUACUUAAAAAAAAAAAAAAAAAAAAAAAAAAGUAACUUGCCCCAAUUCUGGUGGUUACAAUUAUUCAUAUGACAGUACAAUGCAUUAUAAGGUGCCUUACAAGGCAUAAUUAAUGCAUAAAUAAUACUUUAACAAUGCAUUAUAUAAAAAAAGGUUUCAAAAAAUGUGUUACUGUGUGGUUUUAUAAAAGUACUUUUGUUUUUAACAUUGAAAUUGUUUUACAUUGUACAUUCUGCUGUAACAAUGAGGGAGAAAUUAAAAAAAAUUAAUUCAUUUUUUUAAUCCUAAAUUAUUCUAAUUAAUGCUGAGCUCCUGGUUGAGAACCACUGAUUAAGACACUUUACAGCUCAAAUACAUUUUAAAGUAAGAAUUCAUGAGCUUGAACAAAAACACAAGUGUACCGUAGUAUUUAGUGCUGCUGGAAACGUGAGUCUGGUGAUUUUCUGUGAUUUACCUCAAACGCUGUUACUAGAGCUGAAGAUGUACUGAACACAGAACAUUCCUCUAACAGUGUUUCUCGACCGCUGCAGGUUUAGAAACACUGCUGUAAGUGCAGUUGGUUAUUUUUGACACAGUAGAUUGUUGGACUCAAACACAUUCCUGAGGAAGAACUGCAGUGUGUACAGCAUUCAGACUCCAGUCUCUGUGUUUCUCUGCUGGAGUGUGUGUGAUAUGACGUGAUUUACAGAUCAAGAUGAUGCAGUGUUUAGUGCUGCUCAGUGUUUAAAUGAAUUGGAAAUAAACUGAUUUGACAAAAUAGA